AUGGACGGUGAAGGCACGCAGGGCACCAGUCCUCAUUCGAUAACUGAAGGUGAUAAUAUGGCCGAAGAUUCUGUUACUCCUGUCCCGCACACCGGUCAGUCUGCCGAAGCACUUCGUCUUCGAAACCUCGACGCCCAAGUGCGUGAUCAAGAUGACCUGGAACGAGAUAUUGGGCGGGAGGCAGACCGGCUCUUGUUCGAGCAAGCCCAUCAGCGAGACCGACAGCGACUUGAGAAGUCCAAGGCACAGAAGCAAAGGCUGCAGAAUCAGAUCAAGAAGACAAGAGAUGACAUGCUUCGUCCCAUUGGAACGACUCAACGAGCACGCUUGCGCCUCGAUAUCGAUCGUAUGCAAGGCCAAAUCCAGGAACUAGACAAUGAUAUUGCUGAGAUCGAGGAACGAAUGAGGGAACGGGAAAACAAUGUAGGGAUAGCAGGCCAACCCGAGGCAUCAGCCACUGGACGCUUGCCGAAUGAAACUCAACGCGACUAUCUGAUCAGAACCGGCAAAAUCACCCCUUUCUCUAAAUUUGGUCUGUCAUCUCAUGGCGCUUCGUCGGCGACUUUGCAAGGAGCCCUUUUCGACGCCGAGGAAGAACCUGAACUCGGUGAUGUCGAGCCCGGCGCUGAAGGUGGAAUACCCAUGUCCCACCGAAACCUGAGGCAGCCUGGCUUUGCCACUGGUUUUACUGAUUCAAGCGCUGAAGAUGAAAUCCAAGCCGAUCAACCGCGAAAACGGAGACGUCUGAUGAGCCAACCGCCCAUAAAGGACGAAGACUCAUCAUAUGACGAUGGUUCAAUCGAAGACCAACUCCUUUCAGAAUCCGAAGAUGAAGUUGGCGACGAAAUGCCGAGUACAUCGGGAAAACAACCGAGAAGAAGUCGAAAAGCGGUAGCUCAGGUUGAGGACGAGAUCGAGGAUUUCCGUCGCGUUGACGAUGGCAACGAAUUUGUCUACAAGUCUAGGCUACAAAAAUGGGCCUUGCGGAGGCGGAGAGCCCGCAAACAUGCAGCGCGUAUUGCGACGGAAGAGGAGCAGGAACAGAUUGAACCUGGGGAGGAUGAUCCAGAUACCGUGACAGAGGAAGAAACAUAUCUCCCGCAUCCUGAAGUUCCAGACACUCUCUUCGAUGAUGGCUACAAGCUCCCAGGAGAUAUCUACCCCAGCCUGUUCGACUACCAAAAGACUGGAGUACAGUGGCUAUACGAGCUGUAUACUCAACAAGUUGGGGGAAUCAUCGGCGAUGAGAUGGGCUUGGGCAAGACAAUCCAGAUCAUUGCCUUUUUGGCCGGACUUCAUUACAGCAAAAAGCUGGAUAAGCCUAUCAUUGUAGUCUGUCCGGCUACCGUUAUGAAACAAUGGGUCAACGAAUUUCAUCGAUGGUGGCCACCUUUUCGAGUCACAAUUCUGCACUCCUCCGGCAGUGGUAUGGUCAACUUGCGAAAUGAAUCCAACAACGAAGACAGGCUGCUUGAUCUUGAAUGGGAUCCGACUCGGAGAAAACAACCAUUGACCACGGCCCAGAAAGCUGCUAGCAAGAUCUUGCGACCAAUCCUAGAGAAAGGAGGUGUGCUCGUGACAACCUACUCUGGUCUACAAACCUAUGCUCCUCUGCUGAUUCCAGUCGACUGGCAGUAUGCGAUACUUGACGAAGGACACAAGAUUCGAAAUCCAAACACAGCUAUCACCAUCUAUUGCAAAGAACUACGCACUCCGAACCGAAUUAUUCUCUCCGGGACGCCCAUGCAGAACAAUCUCAUCGAGUUAUGGUCUCUCUUUGACUUUGUCUUCCCUAUGCGGCUGGGCACGUUGGUCAAUUUUCGCAAUCAGUUCGAGAUACCAAUACGACAGGGUGGAUACGCGAAUGCAUCGAACUUGCAGGUACAGACCGCCUUCAAAUGCGCAGAAACACUCAAAGAUGCCAUCAGCCCAUACCUGCUGCAGCGAUUCAAGAUCGAUGUCGCCUCCGAUUUGCCUAAGAAAAGCGAGCAAGUGCUGUUUUGCAAGCUGACACCCUUGCAGCGCGAUGAAUAUAAGAGAUUCAUUGGCUCAGGGGAGAUGGACGCAAUCAUGAAUGGGAAACGGCAAGUUCUCUAUGGAGUCGACAUACUGCGCAAAAUUUGCAAUCACCCAGAUCUGACUGAUCACAAGCGAUUGUCUAUCAAGCCACGAUAUAGCUAUGGCGACCCGUCAAAGUCUGGCAAGAUGCAAGUUGUUGGUUCACUCCUGGAACUAUGGAAGGAAACUGGCCACAAGACUCUUCUCUUCGCCCAGCAUCGCAUCAUGCUUGACAUUUUGGAAAAAUAUGUCAAGUCACUUUCGGGUUUCAAAUACAGGCGUAUGGAUGGGAAUACACCUAUUCAAUUGCGACAGAGUAUGGUCGAUGAGUUCAACAACGACCCGGAUCUGCAUGUCUUCCUCCUGACCACUAAAGUCGGCGGGCUUGGGAUAAAUCUGACUGGCGCUGAUAGAGUGAUUAUCUAUGACCCUGAUUGGAACCCUUCGACUGACCUGCAAGCCCGAGAAAGGGCCUGGCGCUUGGGUCAGAAGCGCGAAGUGGCCAUCUAUCGUCUGAUGACUGCUGGCACUAUCGAGGAGAAGAUUUAUCAUCGCCAGAUAUUCAAACAGUUCUUGACAAACAAGAUCCUCAAGGAUCCGAAACAGCGACAGACAUUCCACCUGGCUGAUUUGCAUGAUCUCUUUAGCCUAGGGAAUGACGGAGAACCGACCGAAACCAGCAUACUCUUUAAAGAUGCGCAGGUCAAGCAUACUUCUAAACCAGCUGAUGCUCCUAAGACUGCCGGAAUGGAAGCGGAGACGCAAUCGGCUCCUGUCAAAAGCGAUACGACGAUCGGGGCUCUACCAGGUAUAUCGUCCAUGGAGCAAUACGUUGGAGAAAUCGAAGAAGAGCAGCAUGCGAAGGAGGGGUCUAACUCGGAAGAUAAAAUGAUGGAGGGCAUCUUUUCCCGUGCUGGCAUUCACUCUGCGGUUGAGCAUGACGCAAUUAUCGAUGGGAAAGCUGGAAAGAAGGUCGCAGCCGAUCCGGUUUUGAUCGAGCAAGAGGCUCGAAAGGUGGCUGCCGAAGCGGCCAGAGAGCUGAGACGUGCCGGUGAGGUUGCUCGGACUGUUCCAAUUGGCACACCCACUUGGACCGGCCAGUUUGGUAUCUCUGGACGUCCCCAAGAGACAACGGCUCAGAGGGCAUUCAGUUCCAAUUCCCGAAACAGAGGUGGUGGGCUUCAAUCGUCUAGUCUUCUGGCAAACCUGCAGCAGCGCCAUGGAAGUCUUGCAUCAAGCCGAGAUGGCACUCCACGGACAGCUAGUCCCGCUAGGUCGGCAGACUCGACUGCUUCUGUUUCCAGAGAUGGAACGCCAAGUUUGCCUCAAGGCAAGGACUUUGGUAAACUCAUCCGUGAUUACCUCACUAUCCACGGUGGAAGUGUGUACACUCAGAUGCUGAUCGAUCAUUUCAAUCGCCUCUGCACUACUCCUCAGGCGACCCUGGAGUUCAAAGAGACUUUAAAGUUGAUUGCCAGGUUGGAGAAGGGAAGUCGGGGACGCGGCCGUUGGGUGCUUAAGGAUGAAUACAAGAAUUAA